AGUUGAUUGCAAAGUUACAGCGAAGUUUUGGGAUGCUGAGUGUUAUUAUUUGCAACAGAUUCUAUAAACAACACGUUCUCUUUUAGGAUUUAAAUGAUUAAUUAUAAUGAUAUAUUCAAUGUCUUAUGUGUGACACUGACUUCUUUUCAGUAAACGUAAACGUAUUUUUUCUACAAACGUAAACAUUCAUGUACAUUUUGUACAUGACAUGAUGCCUUCACAUUCACAUUGAAGAAAACUACAAUAAAUUAUGACUUAACCCCAUGGGAAAUUAUUCAAAAGGAAAAACCUAUGAAAAUGAAAUUGUAUGUAACAACAAUCAUGGAGCUUUCUAUUAUAUUGUUUUUCUCUCUAAAUAUUUAUUGUGUUCUGUCUUUGAAACAUGAUCAGUUGACCAACUAUGAGAAACUGUAUGAAAUGGGAAUGGAGGCUUACAAGAAAGGGAAGUGGUCUGAAUGUUCUUCCUUGUUCAGCAGUGCAGUGAAGGAUUAUCACUUUUACCACAAUACUCUAAUCGACUGUAGAAUGAAAUGUUAUAAAAAUGAUACAAGUAGUAUUCUGUUUGAUACAAUUUUGGAAAAAGGUAACUGUCUUCGGCAUUGCAAGAAGAAACUUCUAGGACUGAGAGCAGAAGAAGAAACUUCAUACGCUAUUCAGUUGAAGUUUGAAGAUAGAAAUCCCUAUAACUACAUGUCGUUCUGUUUCUACAAGGAUGAGAAAUACAAAGAAGCAGCAUCAGCUGCGUUCACCUACUAUGUGAGCCACCAGGAUGAUGAGAGGAUCACAGAAAGUGUGCAUUACUACAGGGGCUUGAGUGGCAUUGAAAACCUCGAUUUUGUAGAUUUGGAGAGAAAACUGUAUCAGAGCUUGUAUAUCAAAGGCUUGAAUGCCUACAAUGUUGGGGAUUGGGAGGAGGCCAGUAGUCUGUUUGAAAGGUCUCUGCAGGAUUACUUUAGGGAGGAAGAGCGGUGUAGGUUUGGUUGUGAGAAGGGAUUUGUCCAUGGAAUGUUUCCUGACUUCAUAAAUGCUAUAGCUGAUCACUAUGUGGCAGUGCUAGUGUGCAAGCAGAAGUGCCUUAAGAAGUUGGCUACAUUCGGCAUGGAUGAAGUAAAGGACUAUGUCUUGGAACACUUCAAUUACCUCCAAUACGCCUACUACCAGUCUGGCAAGUUUGAAGAGGCAUUUGAAGCCAUUGCCAACUUCCUGCUGUUCAAGUCGACGGAUGAGAUGUUAAACAACAAGAAGUACUACAUCACUACACUUGGACAUUCGCCCAACUCCUUCAAACCCACACCGGCAGUGAAGCAGUAUGUGGAGAUGUGGCAAGCCAUUGAUCACAAGCUGGACUUUGUGAGGGAACAUUACAUUCUGUCCAGUGACUUCAUUGCAGCAGAGGAUUCUAAAGAUCAGGACAUAUGGGGUAACCAGAUUGACACUGGCCAGGCAAGCAGAAAGGAGAAUGUAGCCAUGUUUGAGUCUAUUGGGAUGCGUCUUAAGUCGGAGGGGAAGGAUCUGAAUGGGGAGGACAGAUUUGUGGCUGACAGUUUCAUACGAGAAGACCAAUGUCAGACACUCACUGAUCUAGCUAUGGCAAAACCAGGAGAUGACAAUGGUGUGAAGAAGGUCAACAUAUCCGAGGCCACAAAGUUGGUAUCAGAGAAUGAGGAUCUUGAGAUGUCUCUGCGCCUGCUGCUGAGGGCCCAUGUGCUGAUGAGCUCUUACGUGGCAGCAUACUUCAGCCGAUCUGGUCUCCGUGUGGCUGACAUAACACUUGUCUGUAGGCAUGGUGGCGAACAAGCUACUAAAGGGAAAUCGCUCUCCGAAGACUGUGUGCCACAAGAGGAUGGUUCGUGUCUUGGCAAAGAUUGGAAGGACAGAGAUCAAGUAACUGUGGUAGCAUACCUGACAGACAACACAGAGGGGACUGGGGAGUUCUACUUCAUGGGCCAUGACGGGGAUGUGCAGUCCAAGGUGGAGCCUGAGUGUGGCAAGCUAGUGGGCUUCACAGGGGAGAGUCAUCAUGGCGUGAGCCCUGCUUGGGACCAAGAACGCUGCGCCCUUGUGUUGACACUCUCUGAGUACAGACCCAAGGCACAGGGUCUGGAUGAUGCAAAGAAAUUCCUACAGAAGCUGGACUCCAAUCGAAACAAAGGCUUUCCAGACAGUGAUACCACCGAUAUAUUGAACCAGUUUUACAGUCAAGGUGUGAAAAUUACUCAAAAAGAUGAUGAGUUACUAGGGAAAGAGAGGUUUGUGGCAGAUGACCUCUCUACACCCGUCGAGUGUGACCAGCUCAUUGCCAUUGCUAAGUUGGGCAAACUGCAGGGGGAUGGAUAUAGGAAUGACCAGUCUCACAAUCCGGUCGCUACAAAAUUUGUCUCCCCUUACACGAAAUUUGAAGUGUUUGAGGGUCUGAAUAUCAGUAGGAGUCUCAUGCUUGCGGAGAAAGGUCGUAUCUCACCCUCUAGUCUCCGCCUUUUGCUGGAUGUCAGCGAAAAUGCCCGUCUGCUGGUGGAGCGAUACCUCCGUCUACCACGCCCACUUUACUUUGACUACACGCACCUAGUGUGUCGUACAGCCAUCCCAGGUGCAGAAGGAGAGUUGUCUCUAAGCCACCCAGUCCAUGCUGACAACUGUGUGAUCCAGGAUGAUGGCUCGUGUAUCCGUGACCCUCUAGCUUACACACAGAGAAGCUACAGCGCAGUCCUCUACCUGAAUGAUGACUUUGAAGGUGGAGAAUUUUUCUUUGCCCACAAAAAUAAAUCAGAGCAGAUCUCUGUAAGUCCAGUAUGUGGGCGGCUGGUUGCCUUCAAUGCGGGCGAGUUCCAUGGUGUGAAGGCUGUGACCUCAGGCCAGAGAUGUGCCAUUGCCAUGUGGUUCACUCAUGACCCAAACUUUCAGGAAGUAGCCAGGUUACACGCCUCCAGAAGAAUAGACAAGCUUUUUAAACCUGGUGACAAAAUGAGUGAACAGUCGGAAUCAGAAUCUCAGAUGGAAGGUGCUAUAUUAAAUCAUGAAGAAAGCUUGACAGACGAUCCUGUUAGUAGUGUAAGUGAAGACAAAAGUGACCUCAGAAAGCCAUUGAAACCUGAUGAACAAUUAACAUAUCCAGAUAUGAGUGAUUCCAGUCACUCAGACGCUCACAGUGACUCUACAUUAAGUGAUCAUGCAAAGGGUUUACCUGAUGACCUUAGUGAGAAGGCAGAAUCUCAUGAUGAAUUGUGAUUAUUAUUUUAAAAGGGACUCUCUUGCAGAUUUCAUUUUGCAAACAAAUUUUCAAAAUUUGUUAAUUUAGCCAUUAUAUUCAAGCACCAAAAGCAACAGUCAGAUUCUAGUAGAUGAAGAGAAUUUUGUAAAUUGAAGCCUUAAAUCAUUUGUUUUUUAUUAGCAUUUUAUAUGCUUUAAAGCAUAAUUAUGGUUUGUUUAAAUAUAGAUGAUAUAUAAUUUAUAUUUGAAUUAAUAAUGGCUAUUUACCAUUCACAUCAUUUUCUGUUCACAUUACUAUUAAACACAAAUUUGUCUGACCCAACAAAAUGUGAGAGAGCCCCUUUAGAUAUAGCUGCUUCUAAAGCCAAAAUACCGGUAAAAUGCAAUACAUUUUUGCUCAUUAUUCCAUACUCAUCUUUGUCAUUUAUAGCUUAUUUUAAAGCACAGUGAUGUCCAUGAUGCAUGGUCUGAAUAUACCAAAUAAAACUUGCAUAUAUUCUUA